AUGUCCGACGCCAUGCAAACGUCAACGUCCCCCACCAACAACAACACGGGCGGCACGGCUGCUGCUGCUGCUACUACUACUACUGGUGCCACUAACAACAACAAUAAUCAGCAGUGCAGUGCCGACGCCAUGUCUCGUUUGGUAUUUGGCAAGAACGACGCGCUCUUUGGCGCUAUUGAAAAGCAACAAGGUGGAAAACCGUUUGGAUCUUUCCUGGAUGCCGGCACGGGUCUGCAUUCGCUCCGUUGGAUGGCGACACUGACACCCGAACGAGGUCACGCGCAUCCCAUGACAACCUACACGGCCAUUACCGCCGAUGAAACCAUGCGUCGCAAUGUACAAGAAGAAGCCAAUGCCCUAGGCAUUGGGAACAAGGGAAACGUCAUUAUUGGUAAUUGGUUUCAUCCACACACGCCACUCGCGUUAGAACAACAAAAGUACGAUACCAUUCUUGCCGAUUAUCUCAUUGGAGCCAUGGACGGAUUCUCGCCGUACCAACAAGACUGUAUGCUCCCCAAGUUGGCCGCCUUGCUCAAACCCGGUGGACGCUUGUAUGUGGUGGGCUUGGAACCCAUUCCCGAUUCGGUCGAAGGAGAUGCCAAUGUCAUUUGCAAGGUCCGACGGAUUCGAGAUGCCUGUAUUCUACUCGCGGGACAUCGGUGUUAUCGAGAAUACCCCGUCGAUUGGAUUCAUCGACAAUUUAACACGACCAGUACACAAAUGAAACUAUUGCGCACCAGCAAAUUCCCCAUUCUCUACCGGCAUGCCACCAUUGUCAAACAAAUCAAUGUCGCACGAUCCAAAUUCCGAUUCUUUCCCACACCCGAAGUGGCGGAAGCCAUGAAAAAGGUACUCGAUGAUCUAGAAGUCGAAUCGCUGGAAGCUACCAAACGGAGCCCCAAUGGACGACUCCAGUUGGGAUUCGAUUACGUCGUGUCGGCAGAAAAGAGGGCGUCAUAA